AUGAGUGCCUCAAAAGCUUCACCACAGGCUCAGAUCUAUCCCGGAAAAGGACUGGGCUUUAUCACGCUCGGUGCUUCCCUUCAUAAUGUCUUGAGCCGUAUCAAAGCCCACCCGCAAACCUACCCCGCGAUCGAUAUCGCGUACUCCGCAUUGGAUCCCCUACAGCAACCAGUCACCCUGCAACUCCCGUCAAACGGUCUACGCUUGCGAUUCGAUGGCCCCGAUCAAAGGUUGCGCCUAAUAGAAGUCUUGGAUUUUGCCAAAAUACCCCUAGUUUACAAGAACCAGGAAGUGCUGAAGGGAGCGCCCAAACCUCAAGAGCAUUCAACCUCCCCACAGGGUCCGGGUUUCCGCCAUGUCUACAACCGCCUCUUCGGCCCUUCAUAUCCUGGCGAAUACAUACCGCCGACACCACCGUCCCCGUAUGGCACAUAUGUGCUCUCAUAUCCCGGUGUCGCUUUCUCAUUUCCUCUUCAGGACUCGGCUUGGUCGGAAGAAUGCGACUUUGUGGCCUUGCUCUCGUCUUCUGCGGCUCUACCGGCGACGUCUAUGUCAAUUUUCCAAGGCUCAUCAUGGCCAGAAGUUCGAGCUAAAUUGUUCACGCAGCAGCCGCAAUAUCCCCGAUCUCCUGCUCUCGCUGGCAAGAGCAAAGAAUUCGUGGCUGAUGAAAUCGAAGAGUUUACCAUUCUAGGUGCUGGUAAACUCGAGGUUUCUCGGAGAUCAACACCACCAGCAUAUAUAACAUUAUCGCAAACUACUCCCCAGGAUCUCAUUGCGGAAUUCGGACCCCCGGAUGCAAUAUACCGUAGGAACGAUCGCAGGAUUUCCAUCCAUCGUGCCGCUGGCGGUCACCGCGGGGAUGAAAUGAUCCACAUGAGUCCAGCAUCAGGUAGAGGAAUUGAAUUUAAUGAUACAGACCAGUCGUCAAAUAACAGUGUCAGUGACGACUCGGACGAGGGCCUUUCGCAGGCAAGCGCUUUGGACCCUUCGUCAUUACCGUCGGAAUGCUUCUUCAACUACUUUCACCAUGGUUUUGAUGCCUUCAUAUCACACCCGACCACGUCCGGGCCAGCAUUUCCCAGCUCUGAUCUUGAUGACCCAACUCCCCCUUCGCCUUCAUCCCAGUUAGUCGUGACUAAGAUUGUUCUACAUGGAAACGUGCCGGGAUCGUAUCCGUUCAACCGGUACAGACGCAGUCGCUGGAGAAUUGAACUUAACCCCUCUGUCAACUCCUCCGCGUCAUCUGUUACUUCAGAAACACCAUAUGACCAGAUCUCCGGGCGCCUUAGAGGGAUUUGGAAGGGCUCAUAUGCAAGCGCUGCGGAGGAACGAGCUCUUGAAAGGCCUAUGGUGCUGAACAGAGGAUGGGGCGAUAGUCCUGAAAGCAGCGUCGAGUUCCUCGGUGGAUGGGAGGAAAACUACGAUCCAUUACUCAUUGAGGUUGACUUCAAUCUUACCUUGCAGCCGACCUUGUUGGGGGUGGGUCUUCUCGAAACCGACGCCAAGCCGUGUUAUUUUCUGGAGCUCCGAUCCGCAGCGCAACCUUUCCUCUGCGCCGCAACCUCGACAUUUUCACACAAUUGUCCUACAAGUAGGAUAUGCUUCGGCGAUAGCAUGCCCGAAUUGCCGCGGACGCUGGCGCGGUCGUGGUCGUCGACUCUGAAGCUGCCAAAGUCGACGUUCCCGGCGCGUGUAACUCCGGCCGACCAGACAAAAUACCUGAAGCGAUGCACCGACGAGCUCUACGCCUGGCAACGCCGUGAACGCCCUGCGGAUCGACCGUUUGUCCUCCACGAUGGCCCCCCAUACGCUAAUGGUGACCUCCAUGUCGGUCACGCUCUGAACAAAAUCCUCAAGGACAUAAUCUGCCGUGUACAGCUCGGUGCGGGAAAGAGGGUGCGCUACGUGCCCGGUUGGGACUGCCAUGGUCUACCCAUUGAGUUGAAAGCCCUCGAGGCGCGGAAAGAUGUCCAGGAUGAGAGCGGCGUUGUUGGAGCCGCUGCUACAAGGAAGAUCGCACGCAACCUUGCGGAGAAGACGGUGAAGAAGCAAAUGAACGGAUUCCGGAGCUUUGGGAUAAUGGCGGACUGGGAAAAUCAUUGGAAAACCAUGGACAAGGACUUUGAGAAACGGCAACUUGGUAUCUUUCGCGAAAUGGUCGAGAAGGGUCUCAUUUAUCGACGAUUUAAACCGGUCUAUUGGUCGCCUUCGACUGGCACCGCGCUGGCGGAGGCAGAGCUGGAAUAUAAAGACGAUCAUGUUUCUACGGCUGCUUUUGUGAAGUUUCCACUGGUCAAAGUACCCUCACACCUGGAGCAGGACCCCCUGCUGAAUGGAAAGAAAAUCAGUGCUGUUAUCUGGACAACUACCCCCUGGACCCUCCCGGCUAAUGCUGCCGUCGCUGUUCACCCGGAGCUGGAAUACACGAUUGUCGAAUCCGCGGCUCAUGGUCAUCUUCUUGUCGCGCAGUCUCGACUAGAGUCUCUUGAAAAUCUUCUCAAGGAGGAUCUUUCUGUGAUUGUGCCAGUGAUUCUCGGCUCAGAGCUAGCAGACAACACCAUGUACCGGCCUUUGUUCAAAGCAGCCAAUUCGGACCCGCAACCGCUAAUUGCUGCAGACUUUGUGACCGCAGAUUCGGGAACCGGACUCGUCCAUUGCGCUCCUGGACACGGUAUGGAAGACUACGAAGCUUGCCUUGCCCGCGGAAUUCCUGCAUUUGCGCCUGUCGAUGAUCACGGGAAAUUCACCGAUCUUGCGAUGCCCGACGAUCCGAAACGGCUGAGCGGCAAGAGUGUUCAGGGUGACGGAAAUGUUGCUAUACUUGAUUACAUCAAAUCACAAGGGCAACUCAUCUCGCAGCACCGCUACGAACACCGGUACCCUUACGACUGGAGGUCCAAACGACCGAUCAUCAUCCGGGCUACUGAGCAAUGGUUUGCCGACGUGGCCGAUAUCCAGGACAGUGCACUCAAGUCUCUCCACGACGUCGAGUUUGUACCAGCGGCAGGACGCCAGAGGCUCGAGAAUUUCGUCAAGAACAGAAGUGAAUGGUGUAUCUCCCGUCAACGGGCAUGGGGUGUUCCUAUUCCCGCACUCUACCACCGCGGCACGGGCGAGGCUGUGCUUACUAAAGACAGUGUUUCGCAUAUUAUGAGCGUCAUUGACGAACGUGGAAUCAACGCGUGGUGGACGGACGAUGCCAAUGACUCUGCUUGGAUUCCACCUGCGUUGCGAGAAUCAGAAUCUGCCUACAAACGCGGAACGGACACUAUGGACGUUUGGUUCGACAGCGGCACUAGCUGGGCAGAGGUUGAAACUCCUUACGGCGAGCAUGGGCGCCCUGCCGAUGUCUAUCUCGAGGGUAGCGAUCAACACCGCGGAUGGUUCCAGUCAGGUCUCCUCACCUACAUAGCACACCAGCUCGCUUCCUGUCAAACUGAUGCCCCACGCGCCCCGUUCAAGACUUUGAUCACUCAUGGGUUUACGCUCGAUGAGGAGGGCCGGAAGAUGAGCAAGUCGAUUGGCAAUGUCAUGGAACCUCAGGACAUUAUGGCCGGAACUCUUCUUCCACCUCUGAAGCAGAAAAAGGGCAAGGGAAAGAAGCAAUCCGAGAAUGACAAACCGGUCUACGACGCUUUAGGCCCGGACGCCCUCCGAUUGUGGGCCGCAAGCAGUGACUAUACCCGCGACGUUGUCAUGGGCAAGCAAGUCCUACAAACAGUCCAUACUAGCUUGCACAAGUACCGCGUUACUUUCAAACUACUUCUUGGUGCCCUUUCAGACUUCCGUCCUGAGAACAGAAUCGCGUAUGAUAAACUACUGUUGGUGGAUCGCAUCGCCCUCCUCCACCUCUCCGAAAUGACCCAAGCUGCUCGAGCAGCCUGCGAGAAAUUCGAAUUCUACAAGGCAGUCAGUGCCGUCAACCGAUGGGCUAACCUCGAGUUCUCUGCUUUCUACAUGGAAGCCAUCAAAGACCGUCUGUAUACUUACGCAGAAAAUAGCCCUAGCCGGCGAGCUGCCCAAACGAUACUGUUCCACAUCUACCGGCAUCUACAGGAAGUCCUCGGUCCCAUCACGCCGUUGCUGGUGGAGGAGACUUGGGAACACACGCCGGAGGCGCUCAAAGCCGAACUUGAGCACCCUCUGAAACGCACUGUCGCACUGCCUGACUCAGAAUGGCAGGACCCUUCUCUGAGUGGAGACUAUCAGGAAAUCGUUUCCGUUCACUCCGUUAUCAAGAACAUGCUGGAAAAGGCGAGAGGCAACAAGCAGACCGGCUCAUCCUUGCAAUCUUUCGUGCACAUCCAGCUCCCGAGCACUGCUAGCCAGUCCGUUCUCCAACGAAAGCUGGAGGAGCUUGCUGACGUCUUUGUUGUGUCUUCUGUUACACUGAGCGGAAGCGAAGAAACGGUCCCCGAGGAAAUAGCAAAUGCCGAAUGGCAGUACAGCGAGGAUUAUGAGCUGCCCAAUGGCGCAAAGGGAACAGCUUAUGUUUUCAGCCCGCAAGCAUCAAAAUGCCCUCGGUGCUGGCGCUACGUGGUUCCAGACGCAGAGGCCGCCGAAGACAAGGCGUGCGAUCGCUGCGAGGACGUCGUGCAGGGACUGGGUGGAUCAGCGUGA